CUGCCCGCCACCACACACCUGGUUGACGGCCGCACACCGAGAUGCUGUUGAAGUUUGUGGUGGUGUGUGUGGUGGUGGGCGUGGUGACUCCCGCCCUCACUGUGAGUGGUGUCCAACAAAUGCCAAAGGAAUGGCCCUGUCCUAUAAAAUCCGAUAUCUACCCCUGCAUAUGUAGUUAUAAUCAGUCUUAUGACUUGUUUAUGGAUUGUUCUGCAGUGGAAAAUAAUGAUGAGUUAGAAAUUGCCUUCAGAGAAUCAGAGUUUCCCUUUCUCAAAUACAAAGAAUUUAAAAUCGUCCAUGACCCCAAUGACGAAAAAAAUAUGUUGACCAAUAUCGGCCCUGACACCCUCCGAGAAUUAUCGUUUGAGCGCAUCAUAAUCACUGGCACGAAACUGAACGAGAUAGCAGACGAGGCCUUCCACCAUUCUCAUGACACGCUCUUAUCUAUGGACCUCUCAAACAACGAUCUAAACAGCUUCCCCCUUGAGAGCAUCAACGAAUAUUCAAAACUUAAGAUAUUCAAACUUGAUGACAAUAAGUUCCCAGAGCUUCCAGAAAUACCAUCCGACUCUCUGGAAGUUUUUAGCAUCAGUGGCAACCCAAACUUGAAUAUCUUCCAAAAUGCAUUUCAGCAAGCACCACUCCUCAGAGAGAUCUAUCUGGCGCGGCUUCAACUAAAAGUUCUUGAGCCUGGUUUGUUCUUAAAUCUGACCCACCUCGCGAUACUUGAUAUACAUAGAAAUAAACUGGAAUCGCUAGAUGAGUACUCCGUCGCCACAAAGGAAGUAUCCUUACAAUUUGUCAACGUCGACGACAACCUCCUUACUGGUAUACGCCAUGACGCCAUCCACGGUCUAACUAAGACUGCCACUGUCUCGAUGCGGAACAACCAUAUAAUCUACCUGAAUAAGGACAAUUGGAGCCACGUCAUCGAUCAACUUCGUCCUGACGGUAUACUAGACCUUGAAAAUAACCCUCUGGUGUGUGGGUGCGACAUGAGUUGGAUUAUGUUCUCAAAGGAUAAGGUGGAUCUCUACCUUUUCACUGACACCACUACCUGCAAGACGGGAGAGAUAAUAAUUUACCUUCCGAUGCAGAACUUCUGCGACAACUGUCUUCCUAACGACUGUUAACCCCAUCGUUUAGGACUGAUGAGAGGUUUGAUAAGUUUACCAAUAAACACAUGAUGGUUGUGAUAGAAAAAAUCUCGUUUUGAAUAUGGAUUGACUACUUCUUGAUUGAUACGAAUCACAUUGUAUAUGAACUGUUGAAGAUUAUAAUGGUUAAUAGCAGAUAUAAGCACAUUUGGUAAAGAUGAAAUUGAAGGCUGAGCUCUAUCGUCAAAUCAAUAUACCUGUAUGACCAACACAAAUAAAUACAAAGGUCAUGUUGUUAUAAGUCUACACGUCAGCAAGUUUUGUUGAUUAUCAUAAAGAACAAUAAUAUGUAUUUCUUAGCUGUAACUUUAUCCCACAGCAAUUUAUCAUCAUAGUCAGGAAAGUUUCGUCACAUAAUUAAGAAAAAACAUUUAAUGAGAGCUCCGUGGCCUCAGGGCGAAAGUGUUGUAACUCCUGAACUGUCCUUGUAAACAAACAUUAAAUUAUAUGACAUGUAGAUGUUUUAAGUACCAUGCACUACACAGUAUAUGAGGACCGCUUAGUUGUCGUGGUCACAGGGCGCUUUUUUGUUGAAUUGAAAAGUUACAACACCUUAGAGCGCUGAGUUUAGGGGAGUGCAGUCUUCACUUAUCGUUCACAUCAGUGUCGGAAUCAACUAUUUAACCACAGACAACAGAUGUUUUAUAAAAAGUUAAAGUUAGCCUCAGUUUCUUUCCUAAUAAAUACAUGAGCCCCAACCCAGUGCUUCCGUGUGUGGAUUCAUGAAAAUAUUCUUAGUCAUGUGUAUGUAUGUAUGCAAAAAUUAGACAUAACAUAACCAUAACAUAAAAACAAUAAAGUGAAAUAUAUUAUCCUGGCAUUAUCUUCAAGAGUAUCCCCCACACAGUACAGUAAGCCACCUCACCAAUCACCUCUCUGGAUUUUGUUUUCGAAUGAGUUAGUUAUAUGGUUAGAAUUUAUCGGCAUUGUUUAAGUAGUUGUUUUUAUUUGUUCAAUUUGAUUACAAUAAUCUGACUUGUACUUGUAGAGUUAUAAAAGAUGUCAGUAGAUAAUACCUUGUCAGUCCCGCUACGAGUGUUCAGAGCGGCCAUAGUACUAGUGGUGUCAGAUGUUUGAUGCAGGAAAAUAUUGUGGGUCUUUUUAUCAAUUGUGAUAUUAAAAGUGUAGUUGUGUGGCUAAUAAAUAUCUUGCUGUAAAAA